AUGAGCCACUUAACUGUUCCCGACCUCGACAAAGUUGGCAUAAAAGCCGAGCCGCAGCUGGCAGACCAAUUCCGCAGAGAAGUCGCACAUCUACUGGGUCGCUCCUCACUAGGAUUUCCAGGAGCGCAGCCCGUCAGUUUUGCCGCACGACAUAUCGCCGAACUACAAAAGAAAGAUUACUAUGUCUGCGAGAAGACGGAUGGGAUUCGCUGUCUUUUAUACUUUGCCCGCGGCGACCCAGAGUCUGAUACGCCUGAAAUCCACUAUCUCAUCGACCGCAAGAAUGACUACAGAUACGUCCCCGGCCUGCAUUUCCCCCUCCCGGACGAUGACACCUUCCAGAGUUUCCAUGUCGAUACGAUUAUUGACGGGGAACUGGUUAGUGAUACAUAUGAAGACGGCUCGUCGCAACUGAAAUUUUACGUCUUUGACUGCCUCGUCCUGGACGGGACGAGUCUUAUGCACCGCACACUCGAUAAACGGCUGGCCUACUUCAAGGAGAAAGUCCUCAAACCAUAUAAUGCCAUGUACAAGAAAUACCCGUCGGAAAAGCAACACCGCGCUUUUGCUGUGGAGGACAAGUCUACACAAUUUAGCUAUGGGCUUGAAAUGAUGUUCCGUGAGAUAAUACCUAAAGUGAAGAAAAUCCACGGUAACGACGGUCUCAUCUUCACCUGUCGCAGCACGCCGUACAGAAUCGGCACAGACGAACAUAUCCUUAAAUGGAAACCUCCGCAAGAGAACACAGUCGAUUUCCGCAUGCGCCUACAAUUCCCUCUCGUAGAGCCGGACGAAUCCGACGACGGAAAUCCGGGAGAACCAUACCCGGACUACGACGCUAUUCCCACCUUUUACCUUUUCGUCGCCCUUAAGACAAACGAAUACCUACCCUAUGGCACCAUGCACGUCACCGAGGAGGAAUGGGAGGCGCUCAAGGCCAUGCAGAAACCGCUCGAUGACAGUAUCAUUGAGUGCUACAAGGACGACGAACAUCGUUGGCGCUUCAUGCGGCUGCGCGAGGAUAAAAUGGAUGCCAAUCACAUUUCGACUGUUGAGAGUGUCAUUGAGAGUAUUGAGGACCGUGUUGGUGAGGAGGAUUUGAUUCGUGCUGCGCCGGCUAUCAAGGCUGCGUGGAAGCGAAGGCAGGCUGAGGGGGAUAUGGCGAGGCAAAAGGCUGCGGAGGAGGAGAGGAGGAGAGGAGGAAGAGGAGUAUAG